AUGGCGCCUGUACAGUUGGCUGGCAAGACUGCGCCUCGCCUCGUCGAAGAUAUCCAGCUGUACGACCCAGCACAUGAUCCAAACACAGGUCGUAAUCUGCUGUCAGAGACACCUCCAGUGUAUCCACCAGGCUACGAUGGCCCGCUUGAAUUCAUCUCACCAAAGGCAUGCAAACAUCAAUAUGUUUUGAAACAAGACCAAACCUUCCUUGCACAGACAGAGCAUCGCAGAAGAACGUCAUCAAAGGUGUCAGCAAUGUGCUCCGUCUGCCGCUGCCAUCUUCAAGUGGUGGUUAACUACACCCGAAACAUGCAUAUGUUCAAUCAAACCCUUAAAGGGGACCAUACCCAUCACCUGGUCUACAAAUCAGGGCGGCAAAAGAACGGCCUUUCAUUGCCUGAAGAAACCAACCGGGGGCAGAUUGCAGAGACAUUUCACUACCAAUGUUCCUAUUCUUCGUGCGGAGCCAUGGUUUCCUUGCGAAUCCUUUCACCGGUGUUGAGCCGUGACUUUAUUAAUUUGAUGACGGACAGGGAAUUGUUGCGGGUACGAGCUGAUCAGGCCAUUGCAGCUUACCCGGAUACUAUGGAAGGUAUGGGAGCCCCAGAGCCGAUAAAUGUGCUGGAUAUCCUGCGUCUUUAUAUCACAAAUGCUCUUCGAAAUCACCAGCGUAGUAAGCCAAUUUCUCCUGGGAACAAGAGAUUCAUGCAUUCUUUUGGCGCAGAGGGUGCUGCCUGCAAGGACUUGCUAGAAUUUUUGGAAUUCGUUUACGAUGAGGAUACUGGUGUGUGGCACCCGCCUAAGACGAAACCUCACGCCGAGAAGCCCUACCAGGACCUGCUCUGUGGUUUCCUCGACGAUGUUAUUCUGGAACUGCUUGCUUUGAUACAACAACGCCCGAAAUCAGAGAAGAUAGGCUCGAGUUUUCCCAACCUUCCCCCCUCCGCCGUCCCCGACAUUCUUUAUGCUCUAGAAGCCAACGACUACCCUAAAUCCAUCCGCGCCAGCGAAUUCAAAAUGGCUGACUCUCCGUAUUACGAAGACCUGGGAGUAGUGGAGGAUAUGUCUACAGCGGCAAUCAUUGAAGCAUACAAACAGCAAAUCUCGGAGGACGCCAGCUGGAUGGCUCCUCGCUACUUGACUUGUCUCAAGCAAAUCGCCAUUCUGCGCGGUGGGACCGACCGUGAUACCAUUGAAAAGGUUGUUCAAGCUGCUUAUGCAGAGGGAAAGUACGCAGAUGAGGAUGUGGCCUAUGCGUACUCAUUCUUCGGCUUCAAUAAUGCCUUCGAUUCGAGUAUCACAGAUGAAGAGGUCCUCGAACGAUUCUACAACUCCCUCAACUCUUCCAAGGACGAGACCCAGGCGCGUCAAGAAUUGUGGCGUAUUGGCGACUCGAGAGACAGCAUGCGCCUCAAAGCUGCUGCUGAUGAUUAUGUUUCAAACGUUGAACAGGCGUACAUCUAUCUGGGUAUCAAACCUGACACACCGGAUGAUUUCGUUCUGUCCAUGUACACCCUCAAGACCUCUGAGAAUCCAGCGGCCAAAGAAUCCGCGUAUCGCGCCGUGCGAUUCAUUGCCGAGUUCCGCAACUCUGUUCCACUAAACCACUUCCUGCACACUGGCGAGACACCGGCCAGUGAAAUGGACAUUGGUGAUGCCUAUCGCCUGCUCCAAAUCCCCGAUCGAACUGCUGAUGAGGGUGCAAUCAUGGCUGCAUACACCAUUUGUGUCGAUGAAAACCCGACUGAUAUCGACAAGUACAAUCAAGCAUUGGUAAUCAUUGCCAACAACACCGAGAGCGCCCAGUUGAAGAUCAUGGCGGGGAUCAACACCGAGCCCGAGCGCAACAUGCAAGAUUGGCCGGUUGGACUGCAGAACAUUGGCAACACCUGUUACCUCAACAGCCUGCUGCAAUUCUAUUUUUCAGUUCGCCCCUUCCGCGAAAUGGUGUUGGACUUUGAAAGAUUCCAGAUGGAUCUUGAUGAUGAGCGGAGUCUAAACAAGAAGCAAGUUGGUUCGCGCAAAGUGACGAAGAAGGAGGUUGAACGGUCCAUUCGAUUCUUAAAAGAGCUUCGAACCCUGUAUCGCAGUAUGAUCACCUCGUCCCAGAUCUCGGUAACUCCUGGACAGGAACUUGCUCGGUUGACUUUGAUCAGCCCAAGCAACGAGGCCGCGAUUCGCCGUCGGUCUACAAUCACUGGUACAAGAUCGCAGAUACUUGGUGAAAUCCACGGCGCUCCCGUUCUGGGACCUCUUGGACCCCCACCGCCGCUUCUAGGAGGCCGUAUGGACCAGUCUUCUGCCUCUAGCCCCGCUGAUCCCGCGCCUACCGCCCCGGCUUCCAGUGUUGCUGACAGCGAGGCUACUUUGGUCUCGGAUAACUCCAUGAAUGACGCACCAGGACUUUUUGUCGAAGACAAAGAGAAUAACCCCCCGUUGUCAGAUGAUCUGGCGUCGGACCAAGCAGAGAUAGGCUCAGAUCGAGCAGAGAUCGGAUCCGAUGUCGAUAUGGCCCUCGACACAGAUGACAUUGCUUCCGAACUACCCGAGUUAUCUAAUCUACCACCGCCUGUCCCUCCUCGCCCUGCCCAAGAAGUCGAUCAUGAGAAGCAGCUCAGAGAGGAAGUAGAGUACGGCGCUCAACAGGACGUCACCGAGGUCAUUAACAAUGUGCUAUUCCAGAGUCAAUGCGCCAUCAAGGGUCGCGAAAUUGGUGAGGAUGGCGAACAAAUCGACCAGAUCAAAGACUUGUUCUAUGGACAAACUCGGUCUUAUAUCUCUACCGAGAAGGGCACCCGGUCAAAGGAUGAACGUUGGUGUGAUAUCAAGGUCGAUGUUGCGCAUGGUUCUCGUGACAUUUACGACGCAAUUGAUGGAGCCUUCGACGUUCAAAAGAUCAGCGUUGAAAACUCAGUGGCCGAGCAAUUCGGCUCGAUCCGCCGGCUCCCCCCUGUUCUUCAGAUUCAGGUGCAGCGUGUGCAGUUUGACCCCGUGAAGAAAACUUCUUUCAAGUCGACCAAUCAUCUCGAAUUGCUCGAAACCAUCUACAUGGAUCGCUACAUGGAUACCACCAAUCCAGAAGUGGUAAACCGGCGUAACCAGUCUUGGGGAUGGAAGGCAUCUCUGAAGGCGCUCGAGGCCCGACGAGAAGAGCUUCUCAGGACAAAGAAGGAUGAUGGGCUUAACAAGCCAACCCUGCUGCGUGAAGCCAAACGCGUGCUUAUGAGUCUCGAAGCCCUCGAAAAGGAGACUGAACUCGAUGACGUUUACAAGGGCCUUGAAUUUGACCCGAAACUAUCGGAAGAUCUGGAACGUUAUGCCCAAAAGGCAGAGUCCGAUCUGCAGGGUAUGAGCCUGGACAAGCAAAUUGGUUUGAAUAAGCGUGCUGACCCUCUUAUAGCCAUUGAUCAACAAAUCAAGGACACUCAGACCAUGAUCGCUAGCCAAUUCGCUGAAUUCCACAAUCUUCCAUACCGACUGUACGCUGUCUUCGUGCACCACGGAUCUGUCUCGUUUGGACAUUAUUACAUUUACAUUUUCGACUUCGACAAGAACAUUUGGCGCAAAUACAAUGAUGAAUAUGUCACUGAAGUCCAAAACGUGGACGAAAUUUUCCAAAACAACUCUACGAAUAACCCCCCGACCCCCUAUUUCCUCGUUUAUGUCAACAGCGACAUGAAGGAGCGCCUGGUGAAUCCUGUUUGCCGCGAAUUGAACCAAGUGAUGACCGACGUCCCCACUCAGGCAUCCCCCACGGGGGAUGUGAGCAUGGACCCUCCCUCUUACGAAGCGUCCACUUCCAAUGGCACCUCAGAUCAUAAUAUGUCCAUCGACCCGGUCAACCCUCUGAAGCGCAAGAGCGUUGACGCCGAAGGCAAUCCGACUAGCUCGGACUAA